GUUUGGAGUUGUUUAUAAGACCAUGUGCUGGAGGUGUAAUGUCCCAGCAAACCUUCAAAGAGAUUUACUCUCAGUUCUUUCCACAGGGAGAUUCCACAACUUAUGCACAUUUUCUGUUUAAUGCAUUUGACACUGAUCACAAUGGGUCUGUAAGUUUUGAGGAUUUUGUUAUGGGUCUCUCAAUUUUACUUCGAGGGACAGUACAGGAGAAACUGAAGUGGGCUUUCAAUUUGUAUGAUAUAAAUAAGGAUGGAUAUAUAACUAAAGAGGAAAUGCUUGAUAUCAUGAAAGCAAUAUAUGAUAUGAUGGGAAAAUGCACCUAUCCUAUUCUCAAGGAGGAUGCACCUAGACAACACGUGGAAACGUUUUUCCAGAAAAUGGACAAAAACAAAGAUGGAGUAGUUACCAUAGAUGAAUUCAUCGAGAGCUGCCAGAAAGAUGAGAACAUAAUGCGAUCCAUGCAGCUCUUUGAAAAUGUGAUUUAAUGAAGACCUAGGUCUACAACUAAUAGACAAAUAUAAGCUAUUCUGCAAAAUUAUCUAAAAGAUGGAUUUCCCACUUUAUCAUAAAUAAAAUUACUCAGCUUUACACUGAGACAUGUA